UGGUUGCAAAAGAGAAAAGGUGGACGAGUUGACUGAGCGGCUGGAGAGUCAGCUGCAGGCUGUCGAACAGCACCGAAAAGCCCUGAAUCUGCAGCACAGCCAGCAGAUACAGCAGCUACAGGACCAGUUCAACAAACUUAACUCAGAGAGCGAGAUGCAAGUGGCAAAGUUUAAGGAGCUGCAGGGGCAGAAGGAGCAGCUGAUGCAGCGGAUGCAGCAACUGUCUGACAUGGAGUCUCUGAAGAAGCAGCUUGUCAUUCAGAAGGAGGAGCAUGAAGCUGCCAUCCACAGCCUGAAGAAGGAAGCAGAGUUGGAGAUGAAAAGGGUGAUCGAGAAGAAGCAGAAUGCUGUGGACGAUUGCAUUAGGAUGAUGACCUCGAACAUUCUUCAGAAGGAGAGGGCUCAGCACAGCGAGCAGUCGGAGCAGCUUAGCUUCCUGCUGAGUGAGAAUGUGGCCCUGCAGAAGGAUAAGGACGCCCUGCAAGCGAGAGAGAGUGACAUUUUUGCUGAGAUGGAUAACCUGAAGAAAGAUCUCAACGGGAUCACCAAGGAGAGUUUCACCCGCAAGAAGGAGGUGGAGCAGCUGACGAAGAAGUGCCGGCAGCUGGAUGUGAAGCUAAAGGACUCUAGCAUCAACCACCAGCACAUGAUGGCUGAGGAAGAGACUCUAAGACAGCGCCUGGCCUCUGUGUCCGAGGAAUGCCGUCAAAAAACAGCCGAAGUAGGUCCACUUAGGGCUGAGCUACAGAGGGAGAGGAGCAGGAGGAGGCAGCUAGAUAGCGUCAUGCAGGAAGCAGCCAUCAUUCUCAGAAACAUCCUGGAGGACUCAGAAAAGAGGUCUGAGACUCGAUGGAAGAUGCAGAGACUGCUGGAGGUCCUAGAGAGCACCGCCCCCCCGGGAACAGACUCCGCCCUCAAGGACUCCACUGACAAGAGUAGUCGAGGACAGAAGCCGCUGGCCUGUGGCCCUGAACCAGCCAGAGCAGAGACCCCGAACGCAGCCACAGAUCCAUUGUUCCUGAUGGCCUGCUACAGGCCAGGUGACCUCGGCCUCGUACCUCGACCUACGUGGAAACACAAAUCAGCCAUCUCCAGGACUGGUGCUCCGUCCACCGGCACCCAGCUGCCUCUCAACAGGAAACUCUGCAGUCAGAAGACAUCCAGCUCUGAUGAGCCGUCUGACCAAUCUGAUGCGGCUACUCAACAGGCUGAUUCAGAAGCAGGAGCCUCCACCUCUGCAGACUGCUGAACAAGAUCCAGAAGAAAGAUGAAUGUUUUUCAUCCCGCCUCAACAAAAUUCAAAAUAAAGGUUUCAGUCACUUUAAUCUUGAUUCUGUUCUGCUUGCUGAUCUUUUUGUAGUUUUGUACAUACUUACUGUAUUUACAUAUUGCAGAUAUAUAUUUUUUUAUUACUGCUACAGUGGUCUCCAGCCACUGUUCAGUACUUUACAUUAAAUGGCUGCUCCUUC